AUGAAGCCUCUGGUUGUCGUCCUUCUGUGUCUGGUGGUCACCGUGUCCAGCGACGUUGUCGUUUCCGACUGUACGGCGACAGAGGCGGAGAUUGAAGCUGUGGGCCAAGUGGUGUUCACCUAUGGCAAAGACCUGACCGAUGAAGAAAAAACAGGGAUAGCUUUCACCGUCAUCAACAGAGUGGCAAAUCCUCACUUUCCCAAUACCACGUUAGAAGUAGUUAACUGGCAGAGAACCACGCCAAGAAAGACGAAAAGAGCCUAUGCCAAACUGACAAAGAUUUGGCACGUCAAUCAGUGGACUAGCGCUAAAAGUGGCAACACUGACGAGUACCAGACGGCCAUUCGCGUGUCACGUGACGCACUCUGCGGACAGGCGAGCGACCCGACAGGGGGUGCCACUGAUUUUGCGUCUCAACCAACCCCACGAGUUUUCCACGCACCGCCAAAUUACAGGGCGGCUGAACUUGGAGCUCAGUUGGGAAACAUCUACGUCUUUAAAAUUCAACCAAACGUUAACGGUGGCGGUAGGGGAGGGCGCAGACAACAUGGCGGAGGCAGGGGAGGACACGGCAGGAGAGGGCCGGGAGGAAACCGAGGAGCACACGGUAGGAGGGGACCAGGAGGACGUCGUGGAAGACCUGGCAGGAGGGGACCAGGAGGACGUCGUGGCCAGAGAGGAAGACAGGGACAGAGAAAGUAA